AUGGCGGCGAGGCAGCAUGGGAGUAGGGUGGGGCGGGGCGUGGCGGCCAGGCUACGAUGCAAGGUGGCAUGGUGGCACGAUGGUGGGGUAUUGAGGCCGGGGGCGAGGCCACUGGGCGGCGGGACGGGGUGGGACGGGGCAGCACAGCGGUGUGGCGGGCAGUUGGGUAGCAAGGCAAGGAUGCCAGGGGCGGGGCGGCAAGGUGGGUGGGAUGAGGUGGCCGGGGACCGGGGGCAGGGUGGCCGAGCGACGGGGCAAGGCAGGGCUAGGCGACCAGGCAACAGGGUGGGAAAGACGGGGGCGGGGCUGCCGGGUGGCGGGGUGACCGGGCGGCGAGGCAAGGAGGCUGGGGGCAGGGCAUCAUGGGGAUCAGAUGGGGAGGGGAUGGAUAGUUCGUACCCAUUCCGGCCCACCGUGUCGAGGCGUCGGCCCAGGCACGGCCAGGCUAGCCAUGCAAUGCCAGCCCGGCCCAUCUAUCCUUGUGCCUGGGUCGUGCCUACAAUGUCGUGCCUCGGGCUGGCACAGUAA